AUGGAGAAAUCACCACCCGCAGAGCAUCACGAGAAAGCCGUCAUCGAGUCCCCCUCGAGCGACGAAGGCACCAGCUAUGCCGGCGUCGUCACGGUCGACCACGUCGAGUACGAACGGCGCAACCGACGCCUCAACCGACGCCUCGACAUCCGCAUCCUCCCCCUGUGCUGCUGGGUGUACCUGCUCAACUUCCUGGACCGCGGCAACAUCGGCAACUCCAAGGUGCUCAACUCGGAGACGGGCGACGACCUGCUGCAGCAGACGCACAUGACGGCCAACGGCUACGCCGUCACCGUCUCGCUCUUCUCCCUCGCCUACACGCUCUUCGAGGUGCCCAGCAACUAUGUCAUGAAGCACUGGGUGCGGCCGUCCCUGUGGCUGGGGUUUCUGCUGUUCGCAUGGGGCGCGUUGACCAUCGGGUUUGCCGGUGUGCAGAACUAUACCACUGUCGUGGUGUUGAGGUUCUUGAUCGGUGCCUUUGAGGCUGGUUUCUUUCCAGGCAUCGUCUACUUCAUCACAAUUUGGUACCGGUUCAACGAGCGCGCCGUCCGCAUCGCCUGCGUCGUGGCCUUCUGCAACCUCGCGGGCGCCUUCGGGGGCGCCAUCGCCUACGGCGUGGGCCACAUCAACGGCACCGCCGGGCUGCAGGGGUUCCGCUGGCUCUUCAUCAUCGAGGGCAUCAUCACGCUGGUCUCGGCGUCGUUUCUGUUCCUCUUGCCCGACUAUCCCGCCCGGGCCAAGUUCCUCGACGAGGCGGACAAGCGCUUCGCCGAGGAUCGGUUGAAGGAGCGAGGCGGCGGCUAUCUCAGGAGCCAUGCCUCGAGGAGAGAGGUGCUCGAGACCUUCUUCAGUCCGAGGAUGUUGGCCCAUUACAUUGCAUACAUCGCCGACGUCGUGCCCCAAGGCUCGUUCACAUUCUUCACGCCAACCAUCGUCAACGGGCUCGGCUACACAUCGAUCCACGCGCAGCUCUUGACCGUGCCGCCCUGGUGCGUCGGCUUCGUCGUGGCCAUCACCCUGUCCUACUCGGCGGACCACUUCAACGCGCGCGGCGUGCACAUCACCGUGGCCUCGCUGGUCGGCGCCGCUGGCUGGCUCGCCGCCGGUCUGCUGCCGCCGCACGCCUACACGGCGCGGUACGGGUGCCUCUGUCUCGCCGCGUGCGGGGCCUUCCCUGUCGCGCCCUCGAUGGCCAACUGGGUCGCCUGCAACACGCCGUCGCUGCUGACCAUCCCCUUCGCCAUCGCCCUCAACAACAGCUCCGCCGGCAUCGGCCAGAUCAUCGCCCAGUGGAUCUGGAAGGCCGACGAGGCCGAGCAGGGUUAUCCCACGGGCAAUUUCACCUGCGCCGCCUGCGGCUUCUUCGUCGCCGCCGUCACCGCCGGCUUGAGAUUGUGGUACGGCCAGAUGAACAAGAACGGGGUGAGGGAUGCCAGUGGAGCAGAGAGAGUUUGGGCUCUCUGA